AUGGGCCUGCUCGCGGCUCUCUCCCAAUCGGCAGAGCGCCUCCUUGGAUCUCUACCUACCUGGCAGAUCGUCCUCCUCGGUUUUACCGCCUUGAUCGCGCUCUCUGUGGUGUGGAAUGCUCUGAGACAGAUCAUCUUCAAAGAUAAGAACGCCCCUCCGGAGGUGUGGAGUUGGUUCCCCGUGCUGGGCAAUACGAUAUGGUACGGCAUGGAUCCUUUCGACUUCUUCUUCACGUGUAAAGCGAAAUACGGCGACGUCUUCACUUUCAUCCUGCUCGGGCGACGAGUCACCGUUUGUUUGGGAACCAAAGGCAACGAGUUCAUUUUGAAUGGCAAACUGAAGGAUGUGAAUGCUGAGGAGAUAUACACCGGCCUGACGACGCCGGUGUUCGGGGAAGGCGUGGUGUACGACUGCCCAAACUCGAAACUGAUGGAACAGAAGAAAUUUGUGAAAUUUGGCCUCACCCUGGAGGCAUUUCAAUCCUACGUCGACUUGAUCUCGAGCGAAACCAAGUCAUUCGUGGAGAAGGGCAAGCCCUUUCAGUCGCAUUCAGGGAAAAUUGACAUUGCUCCCGCCAUGGCCGAAUUGACCAUCUACACGGCAUCGCGGUCGCUCCAGGGCCCUGAGGUGCGCGCCAAAUUCGACUCGACCUUCGCCGACUUGUACCAUGACUUGGACAUGGGGUUCUCGCCCAUCAACUUUAUGCUCUCGUGGGCGCCUCUCCCGCAUAACCGCAAGCGAGAUAUUGCACAGAAGAAGAUGGCGGACACGUACAUGGAAAUUAUCAAGCAACGACGCGCUGACGGCGGCAAACGGGAAAAAGGAGAUCAAGACAUGAUUUGGAAUUUAAUGGGCUGCGUCUACAAGGACGGCACACCUGUGCCAGAUAGAGAAGUGGCGCACAUGAUGAUCGCACUCUUGAUGGCGGGCCAGCACUCGUCUUCCUCGACCUCGAGUUGGAUUCUAUUGAGAUUGGCCACGAGGCCAGAUAUUCAAGAGGAAUUGCUGGAGGAGCAGAAACGCGUGCUAGGGGAGGAUCUCCCGCCCUUGACUUACGAAAACCUCCAGAAACUCAGCCUGAAUGCCAAGGUCGUCAAAGAGACGUUGAGAUUACAUGCUCCAAUCCACAGCAUCCUUCGCAAGGUCAAGUCACCGAUGACGAUCGUGGCAGACACUCCGACCUCGACGAAGACGUAUCAGAUACCGACCACCCACACUCUCCUUUCAGCGCCGGGCGUCACCUCCCGAGAGUCCGAGUUCUUCCCGGAACCAAUGAAAUGGGAACCCCAUCGCUGGGACGAAGGACAUCCCCUUGCAUACACACGAAUGGGCAUGGACAAUGAAGAAUUUGAAGAUUACGGCUACGGCAUGAUCAGCAAGGGAGCUUCUUCACCAUAUCUUCCGUUCGGCGCGGGACGACACAGGUGUAUUGGCGAGCAAUUUGCCUAUGUACAGCUGGGAGCGGUGCUCGCGACGAUGGUGAGACUGGUGAAAUUCCGCCAGAUUGAGGGGAAGCAGUUGGUGCCCACGGAUUACUCGAGUUUGUUUUCGAGGCCAAUGGCGCCGGCCGUGGUAGAAUUUGAGAAGAGAGAGAAGGUUUGA